UUGUAGCCGAACGUUGGAGCGUUCAAGUGUCGCCUCCGUCGACGACUCGGCAGCAUGUUGGAUCCGUCUUCCAGCGAGGAGGAAGGGGAUGAGGCCCUGGAGGUGGAGCGCAAAGAGGUGGCGGAGCUCCCCAAAAGCAUCCAAGGAGCGCGGCGGCGGCGGCCGUCCCCGAGCCGAGACAGCGACGGCGGCGGCGGCGGUCACAGCGGCGCCUCGGGGGGGCUCCAGCCACGGGGCCGAGCCGGCAGCGCUGGCCGCCGAGCCUCCAGCCCCAGUCCGUCGGUGGGAAGCGACAAGGAGAAGGAGGAUAUUGAGAAGAUGCAGAGGGAGGAAGAGGAGAGAAAAAAGAGACUCCAGCUCUACGUGUUUGUCAUGCGCUGCAUCGCCUAUCCCUUUAACGCAAAGCAACCCACUGACAUGGCCAGAAGGCAGCAGAAGAUCAAUAAGCAGCAGCUGCAGACAGUCAAAGAGCGUUUUCAGGCCUUCCUCAAUGGAGAAACACAGAUUGUCGCCGAUGAGGCCUUCAUCAACGCCGUCCAGAGCUACUAUGAGGUGUUUCUCAAAAGCGACCGAGUGUCUCGAAUGGUACAAAGCGGCGGCUGCUCCGCCAGCGACUCUCGUGAGGUUUUUAAAAAGCACAUUGAGAAACGGGUGCGCAGCUUGCCAGAAAUUGACGGCUUGAGCAAAGAGACUGUCCUCAGCUCAUGGAUCGCUAAGUUUGACACCAUUUACCGUGGCGAGGAGGACCCCGGGAAACACCAACAGAGAAUGAGCGCCAGCGCUGCCUCGGAACUGAUCCUCAGCAAAGACCAGCUCUAUGAGAUGUUUCAACAGAUUUUAGGGAUCAAGAAGUUUGAGCACCAACUUCUAUACAAUGCCUGCCAGCUGGACAACCCAGAUGAGCAGGCAGCCCAAAUCAGAAGAGAGCUGGAUGGACGAUUACAAAUGGCAGAUCAGAUAACUCGGCUGGGCGGAAGAUUCCCCCGCUUCGCCUCGAGGGAGAUGGAGGCCAUGUUCGUGGAAGAACUGCGCUCAUCGGUCAACUUGCUAAUGGCCAACCUGGAGAGCAUGCCCGUGUCUAAAGGUGGAGAAUUUAAACUGCAGAAACUCAAACGAGGUCACAACACAUCAAUCAUGGACAUGGGGCAGGAGGAUGAGAACAACCUUUCAAAAUCAGACGUGGUGCUGUCGUUUACCUUGGAGGUGGUCAUCAUGGAGGUGCAGGGUCUUAAGUCUUUGGCUCCAAACAGAAUCGUCUACUGCACCAUGGAGGUCGAGGGAGGGCACAAACUGCAGACGGACCAGGCUGAGGCAUCGAAACCCACUUGGGGCACCCAGGGGGAUUUCACAACCACGCAGCCCUUACCUGCUGUCAAAGUGAAGCUCUUCACCGAAAGCACCGGAGUGUUGGCCCUGGAGGACAAGGAGCUCGGAAGGGUUGUGCUCCAUCCAACUCCUAACAGUCCCAAGCAGUCCGAGAUGCACAAAAUGUCCGUUUCGAAAGGAUGCCCGGACAGUGACCUGAAGAUCCGAUUGGCUAUUCGCAUGGAUAAACCCCAGAACAUGAAGCAUUGCGGGUAUUUAUGGGCCAUUGGCAAAAAUGUAUGGAAAAGAUGGAAGAAACGAUUCUUUGUUCUAGUUCAGGUGAGUCAGUACACCUUUGCCAUGUGCAGCUACAGAGAAAAAAAAGCCGAGCCAGUGGAGCUGCUCCAAUUGGACGGCUAUACCGUGGACUACACGGACCCCCAGCCAGGCCUGGACGGCGGUCGGACAUUCUUUAACGCCGUGAAAGAGGGCGACACCGUCAUAUUUGCCAGUGAUGACGAGCAGGACCGGAUUCUAUGGGUACAGGCCAUGUACCGGGCCACCGGCCAGUCCCACAAGCCGGUUCCUCCGACCCAAGUCCAGAAACUAAACUCUCGAGGGGGGACGGCUCCGCAGCUUGACGCGCCCAUAUCUCAGUUCUAUGCGGACCGAGCCCAGAAGCACGGCAUGGACGAGUUCAUUUCGGCCAAUCCCUGUAACUUUGACCACGCGUCGCUGUUUGAACUGGUCCAGCGCCUGACUUUGGAUCACAGACUCAAUGACUCCUACUCGUGUCUGGGCUGGUUCAGUCCCGGUCAGGUAUUUGUCUUGGACGAAUACUGCGCGCGCUACGGAGUUCGAGGCUGUCAUCGCCACCUGUGUUAUCUGGGUGAUCUACUGGAGAGGGCGGAGAAUGGCGCCAUGAUUGACCCCACCCUUCUACACUACAGCUUUGCCUUCUGCGCUUCCCACGUCCACGGAAAUAGUCAGCGUGCGUCAGCGCACUUGUUCAAUUGGCCGGUACCAGAGGCCCAAGUGCAGCGAGCGCUUUCCCCCUCUUCUCCCCAAAGCAUUAGGAAAGAGCUCAGAAUCAUUGAGUUGAUGAAGAAACGAGAUCUCAGGUACCCGCUUGACUCAGGAGCAAAAAGACCGGAUGGAAUUGGUACCGUAACUGUGGAGGAAAAGGAGCGUUUUGAGGAGAUUAAAGAAAGGCUUCGAGUGCUAUUGGAGAACCAGAUUACACAUUUCAGGUAUUGCUUUCCGUUUGGACGACCAGAGGGUGCGUUGAAAGCAACUCUAUCUUUGCUCGAAAGGGUUUUAAUGAAAGAUGUCGUCACCCCGGUUCCACAAGAAGAAGUGAAAGCUGUGAUCCGUAAGUGUCUGGAGCAAGCCGCUCUGGUCAAUUACCAGCGCCUGGCAGAGUACGCCAAAGUGGAAGGGAAAAAGAGAGAGAUGUAUGAGCAUCCUGUCUUCUGCUUGGCGUCUCAAGUGAUGGAUUUAACCAUUCAGAAUGUUGGCCGACUAGUCACUCCUGCCAAAAAACUGGAGGACACCAUUCGCUUGGCUGAGCUGGUAAUCGAGGUGCUGCAGCAGAAUGAGGAGCAUCAUGCUGAGGCCUUUGCGUGGUGGUCAGACCUGAUGGUGGAGCACGCCGAGACCUUCCUGUGUCUCUACUCGACUGACAUGGACGCAGCUCUUGAGGUGCAGCCGCCUGACAGCUGGGACAGUUUCCCCCUCUUCCAACUACUCAACGACUUCCUGAGGAUGGACUAUAACCUUUGCAAUGGAAAGUUUCACAAACACCUGCAAGACCUUUAUGCCCCCCUGGUGGUGCGCUACGUGGACCUGAUGGAGUCCUCCAUUGCUCAGUCCAUUCACAGAGGCUUUGAAAGGGAGUCUUGGGAACCUGUCAACAAUGGCUCCGGAACGUCAGAGGAUCUCUUUUGGAAGUUGGAUGCUCUGCAGACCUUCAUCCGAGAUCUCCAUUGGCCAGAGGAAGAGUUUGGCAAACACCUGGAAACCAGACUGAAACUCAUGUCCAGUGAUAUGAUUGAAUCCUGCAUAAAAAGAACGCGCGCGGCGUUCGAGGCCAAGCUUCAGAGGAGCAGCCGGGCCACAGACUUCCGAGUGCCGCAGUCGAUCUGCACCAUGUUUAAUGUCAUGGUGGAUGCCAAGGCCCAGUCUGCCAAGCUGUGUGCUAUGGAUCUGGAUCAAGAGAGACAAUACCAUUCCCAAAUUGACAAUCUGAUUGAGGAAACGGUGAAGGAGAUGAUAACCCUGCUGGUAGCAAAGUUUGUGGUUAUCCUGGAAAGUGUCUUGGCAAAACUCUCCAGAUAUGAUGAAGGAACGCUCUUCUCUUCUUUCCUGUCUUUCACAGUGAAAGCUGCCUCCAAAUAUGUGGACGUACCCAAGCCAGGAAUGGACGUGGCUGACGGUUAUGUGACCUUUGUUCGACACUCCCAGGACAUGCUGCGGGAGAAGGUCAAUGAGGAAGUGUACGUUGAAAGAUUGUUUGAUCAAUGGUACACCAGCACAAUGAACCUCAUCGGAACGUGGCUGACGGACCGCAUGGACCUUCAACUGCAUGUCUAUCAGUUGAAGAUUCUCAUCAGGAUUGUUAAGAAAAAGUACCGUGACUUCCGCCUUCAAGGGGUUCCGGACUCCACGUUAAACAGUAAGAUGUAUGAAAGUGUUCGAAAUCGGCUGACCUUAGAAGAGGCCACGGCUUCGGUGAGAGAAGGAGGCAUGCAAGGCAUUUCCAUGAAGGACAGCGACGAAGAGAGCAACGAUCACUAAAUGGAGACGACGACAAGAAUGUCAAAAGGGUCCAGGGGCGAUAUGCUGCCAAAGGACACACACACACACACACACACACACACACAGCCUUCCUGAGGUCAAACGCAGUGGCCUGACGACUGGCAACUUUUUCUUCUUUCUUCAUGUUUGUCACAAUGGAUACAAUGAUACAAAGACCAUGUUCUUAUGUAUUGAAGUCUUGUGUCGGUGUCAAAUAUCGGAAGUCAUAGGAAAUUGUCACUGAUGACUCUUGUUAUUGUUUCACUGGAAAUGGCACUGAUCAAAACGGGGACUGGGAGAUCUUUGAAAUGCUUUGCUCUUUUGCUCUUCAACUUCCAAAUCUGACAUUCUGACAUUCUCUUAUCUUCCAAUGGUGGAGUAGCUGCAGCGACGGCAUGUUGGAUUCUUUUUGAGGGAAGUGAGAACCAUGUCACUUGUCUUUUUUCUCCUUUAAAAUCCCCAUCGUCAUCGUCACGGUACGAUAUCGUGCAAUCAAUCAAUGUCCAGAACAAAGAAGGAUUCAACCUCUUCAUGUUUUCACUCGUAGAAUUGUCUGCUUCAUAAUUGUUUGCAUUAUGUCCCGGGCAUGUUUUCAUCGUUUGAUUUAUGUCUGCGCGUGUAUAAUCAUAUCGACUACUGUCAACGAAGCUAUUUUAGGCCCCUUUCGAAAAGGAUGGCACAAACGGGAAGUGGUGUGUUUGUGUAUUUGACUUCUUCUGUGAGUGUUCCUUUCCUGUAAAAGUGCUGCAUGUAAUGGCUAUUCCCAUUUCCAAAGCUUCUUGCGCCAUGACGUGAAGUUGCCCAUUUGGAUUUGUCUCACUUCUGACACGGCACAUGCUAGAAUGCAUCCAUAUUACGUAAGAGCAUUUGAAUAAAGGUGAACAGCCAAGAGAAUGUCUUGCCUGGGGGUUGACGUCAAGUGCGUCCAUUAAAGACCAGUGUCGCGUAAAAGUCAC